AUGUUUGCCAAUACAAAUGCCAUUCCAGAGAUAUAUGAAGAAAGAUGUGACACAAUAAUGCAUAACAUGUCUCAGCUUGAUCUUCACCCAAUUAGGUCAUGCAUCCUCAAAUCUAAGGGCAUAGAUGAAACCCUGAGGUUGGUCGGUCCAUUAGCCCGAUUCUACCCGAUUGGGAUGAUCUUACUCACAUCUGUGGUUGUUGCGACUCUGGAUAGUGGCGAAGUUUACAUUAUUGCCAGCUUGUCUUCUAGAACUGAUACUCAAGUGAUAUAUAUUGACCCAACAACAGGGUUGCUUCGCUUCAGUGGGAAGUUAGGUUUUGAUGUCUUUAAAUCCGAAGAAGAAGCUUUAAAUUAUGUUACAAAUGGAUCACGAUGGCUAUGUAGGAGUACUACGUAUGCAAAGGCGAUAUUAGGAUAUGCUGCCUUAGGAAGCUUUGGGUUGCUUCUUGUAGCUACAAAGUUGACUACCAGCAUUCCAAAUUUGCCUGGUGGAGGGUGCGUGGAUACAGUGACAGAGAGCCAAUGGAUCAAAAUAUCUCUUCAAAAUCCUCAGCAGCAGGGUAAAGGGGAGGUGAAAAGUGUUCAAGAGUUAACUGAGCUUGACAUUGAUGGGAAGCACUACUUCUGCGAGACGAGAGAUAUCACUCGACCUUUUCCGAGUCGUAUGCCCUUGGAAAAUCCUGAUGAUGAAUUUGUUUGGAAUGGAUGGUUUUCAAUGCCUUUCAAGAACAUUGGGCUUCCACAACACUGUGUCACUCUCCUGCAGGGCUUUGCAGAAUGUCGAAGUUUUGGAAGCUCUGGGCAGUUAGAAGGGAUAGUUGCUCUCACAGCUCGUCGUAGUAGGCUGCAUCCUGGCACCCGAUACUUAGCAAGGGGGAUAAAUUCAUGCUUUAGCACAGGAAAUGAAGUGGAAUGUGAGCAACUUGUAUGGGUGCCAAAAAGGACCGGUCAGAGCGUUCCUUUCAACACAUACAUUUGGAGACGAGGAACAAUUCCAAUAUGGUGGGGUGCAGAAUUAAAGAUGACUGCUGCAGAAGCAGAGAUUUAUGUUUCAGAUCAGGAUCCUUAUAAAGGAAGCUCACAGUACUAUCAGAGGUUGAGUAAACGAUAUGAUGCUCGCAGUUCAGAUAUAGCUGUUGGGCAAGGUCAGAAGAAAAAACCUUUUGUUCCAAUUGUAUGCAUCAACUUGCUUAGGAAUGGAGCAGGAAAGUCAGAAGCUCUUCUAGUUCAGCAUUUUGAGGAAUCUUUAAACCAUAUCAAAUCAAUUGGAAAACUUCCUUAUACUCGAAUACAUCUUAUAAAUUAUGAUUGGCAUGCCAGUGUAAAACUAAAAGGUGAACAACAGACAAUUGAAGGACUGUGGAAACUUCUCAAACUACCCACUUUGGCUGUUGGCAUUUCUGAAGGGGAUUAUUUACCUUCACGACAAAGACUUAAUGAUUGCAGGGGUGAAAUCAUCUAUACCGAUGAUUUUGCAGGUGCCUUCUGCUUAAGAUCACAUCAAAAUGGAGUCCUCCGUUUUAAUUGUGCAGAUUCCUUGGAUAGAACCAAUGCUGCUAGUUAUUUUGGUGCUCUACAAUGUUUUGUGGAGCAAUGCAGGAGGUUGGCCAUCUCACUUGAUAGUGAUUUGGCAUAUGGUUAUCAGUCAGCCAAUAACUAUGGCGAAUAUACAGCUCCAUUGCCGCCUGGCUGGGAGAAACGAUCUGAUGCAGUAACAGGGAAAACAUAUUAUAUUGAUCACAACACUAAAACUACAACAUGGAAUCAUCCAUGUCCAGAUAAACCUUGGAAAAGGUUUGACAUGACAUUUGAAGAGUUCAAGAGAUCAACUAUUCUAUCUCCUCUAUCUCAGCUAGCUAAUCUUUUCCUUCUUGCUGGUGAUAUCCAUGCAACACUUUAUACUGGUUCUAAAGCUAUGCACAGCCAAAUUCUUAGCAUAUUCAAUGAAGAAGCAGGAAAAUUUAAACAGUUUUCUGUAGCUCAGAAUUUUCAAAUCACUUUACAGAGAAGAUAUAAAAAUGUACUUGUAGAUAGCUCUCGUCAGAAGCAGUUAGAGAUGUUUCUUGGAUUGAGACUUUUCAAGCAUCUUCCAUCAAUUCCAGUUCAACCUCUAAAUGUUCCUUCUCGGCCUUCCGGUUUCUUUCUUAAGCCAGUUCCCAACAUCACUCCAAGUUCCAAUGGUGGAUCCAGUCUUCUGAGUUUCAAGAGAAAAGACUUGAUAUGGGUUUGCCCACAAGGUGCAGACGUGGUUGAACUUUUUAUCUAUCUUGGUGAGCCUUGCCAUGUCUGUCAGCUUCUUCUAACAGUAUCUCAUGGGGCAGAUGAUUCAACAUACCCAUCAACUGUUGAUGUGAGGACAGGACGCUACCUAGAUGGGCUUAAGCUAGUUGUGGAGGGUGCUUCCAUACCUCAGUGUAUAAAUGGGACAAACCUUCUGAUACCCUUGCCAGGACCAAUUAAUGCAGAGGAUAUGGCUAUUACUGGAGCUGGUGCACGCCUUCAUGCUCAUGAUACAUCCACCCUGCCAUUUUUGUACGAGUUUGAAGAACUAGAGGGAGAGCUGGACUUCCUUACUCGUGUAGUGGCAAUUACAUUUUAUCCUGCGGUUUCUGGAAGGAGUCCUCUGACCCUUGGCGUGGUAGAGAUCCUUGGAGUUUCUCUUCCGUGGAGAGGAGUAUUCAGGAAUGAAGGCCCUGGUGCAAGAAUAAAUGAACUUGCCACAAAAUUUCUUAAGGAAUCCAACCCAUUCUUGUCUAGUACAGAAACCAAUCCGUUUUCCAGCACUUCUUUAUCCAAUGAAAUAACUCCAUCAGUGCAAAAAAGUGAUUCUACAAACUGGCUUGAUCUUUUGACUGGAGAUAGCACGUUUUCUGAUCCUCUUUCUCAGCCAGUGAUGCAGUAUGAUGUACAUGAGGGAAGUGACAACACAUUUUCUCAUCCUCUUUCUCAACCAGUAAACCAGAACAAUGUACACGAGGAAACUGAUGAUAAGCUCUCUUCAUCACAAGGUAGCAGUGCCCAGAAGUACCUCAAUAGUCUGAAAUCCUUUGCAGGGCCACAAAUGGAAAGAAAAUUGAACUUUGUGGAAGCUAUGAGGCUUGAAAUUGAAAGACUUCGGCUUAAUCUUUCUGCUGCUGAAAGGGAUAGAGCUUUGCUGUCAAUUGGAAUUGAUCCAGCUACGAUAAAUCCAAAUGUUUUGAUGGAUGAAUCAUACAUGGAUAGAUUGUGUAAAGUUUCAAAUGCGCUUGCUUUGCUUGGACAAGCUUCGCUGGAGGACAAACUUAAUGCUGCCAUUGGUCUUGGGACUGUUGAUGAUAAUGUGAUAGAUUUCUGGAAUGUUAAUGGACUUGGGGACCACUGUUCUGGUGGCAUGUGUGAGGUGCGUGCUGAAACAGCGGCACCUCCACUUGCAUCCUCUGCGGUUCCUUCUGUGGGAGCUGCAAAACCUAUCUUGCUGUGUUCUAAGUGCGAAAGAAAGGUUUGUAAAGUUUGCUGUGCUGGGAGAGGAGCUCUUUUGCUCAAUAACCCAAGGGAGGUUGACAGCUGCACUAAUCGUUCAGUAGCACUGGAUGGCGUUUUUUGUAAACAAUGUUGCCAUGAUAUCGUGCUUCAUGCUUUGAUAUUAGACUAUGUAAGGGUUCUGAUUAGCUUGCGAAGAAGAGACCGUGCAGACAGGGCUGCAUAUAAGGCUUUGGACCAGGUUGCAGGAUCUUCCCUGAGGGACUUUGUUCCUGAAAAAAGUCAGUCUUCUAAUCGUCAGCAAACUGUUAGGGUCCUACAUCAUUUGCUUUCUGGGCUGGAAUCGCUUGCUGAAUUUCCAUUCGCUAGUUUCUUACACUCGGUUGAAACAGCAACAGAUUCAGCACCAUUUUUGUCAUUACUUUCUCCACUGAAUUCUGGAUCACGACAGUCAUACUGGAAAGCUCCUCCAACUGUCACCUCUGUUGAAUUUGUUGUUGUUCUUGGCACCCUCUCUGAUGUCAGUGGAGUUAUCUUGCUUGUUAGUCCCUGUGGCUAUUCUGUAACUGAUGCUCCCACAGUUCAAAUCUGGGCCAGCAAUAAAAUACAGAAGGAGGAAAGGUCGUGCAUGGGAAAAUGGGACGUCCAGUCCCUGGCCACAUCUUCAUCAGAAAUUUAUGGACCAGAAAAGUCAGGUGCAGAGAAUAAAGUACCUAGGCAUGUGAAAUUUACCUUUAAGAAUCCUGUUAGAUGUCGAAUCAUCUGGAUAACACUACGACUUCAGCGACCUGGGUCAAGUUCUGUUAAUUUUGAGAAAGACUUCAAUCUUUUGUCCCUUGAUGAAAACCCAUUUGCACAAGUAAAUCGACGUGCCUCUUUUGGUGGGGCAGUUGAAAAUGAUCCAUAUCUUCAUGCUCAAAGAAUUCUAGUGGUUGGAACUUCUGUGCAAAAAGAGAUGGGGCUAACAUCGCAAAGCUCUGAUCAACUGAAUUUCAACAGCUGGCAUGAUAGGGCUCCACAAUUGAAUAGAUUCAAGGUUCCAAUCGAAGUUGAGAGACCCUUUGACAAUGAUCUUGUCUUGGAACAGUAUUUGCCUCCUGCCUCUCCAUUGCUUGCUGGAUUUCGCCUAGAUUUUUUCAGUGCAAUUAAGCCUCGAGUUAGCCAUUCUUCAUAUUCAGAUAUUGAUAUAUGGGAUACAUCGGAGACAUUUUUAGAAGACAGACACAUCUCUCCAGCUGUGCUGUAUAUACAAGUAUCUGCACUCCAGGAACCAAACAACAUGGUUAUUAUUGGUGAAUACCGACUACCAGAAGCCAAGGCUGGAACUGCAAUGUACUUUGAUUUCCCCAGACAAAUACAAACCCGUAGAGUUUCCUUCAAUCUUUUAGGGGAUGUUGCAGCUUUCACAGACGAUUCAGCAGAAGUGGAUGAUUCCAGCUCAAGAACUUUACCUGUGGCAGCAGGGUUGUCUUUGUUAAACCGAAUUAAGUUGUAUUACUAUGCUGAUCCUUACGAACUUGGGAAAUGGGGUAGCCUUUCAGCAAUUUGA